GCCGCGCACACGCACAGACACACACACACACCGGCCGCAACAUGACGGGCGAGCGGACGGACUGACAGUGACAGACCGGGGCACCGCCGCUCCGCACGGAUUAUUCUCCCCGCGCCGGGGCGACGCAGCGGACCGGCGACCCAGCGGGGCGGGGGCGGUGCCGCGCCGCGCUGCCAGGAGGGUUCCAGUCCCCGCCGGCAAGCGGCGAGCGCUGGAGGAGCCCGGCCAGGUUAUUUUAUUGGCUGUGAAGAACCACGGACCCUUUGUGCCCUGAUGGGGGACUCGGGAUCCAGACGAUCGACUCUCGUAUCUCGCUUGCCAAUAUUCAGGAGAAGUGUUAGCCGGAGACACGACUCCCUUCCUUCCUCGCCUUCUUCUGCCAAUGCCAUUGGUGUCCACACCUCCUCCCCAUCCAGCACGAACUCCAGCUCAGGGAGCACCGGAAAGCGCCGGAGUAUUUUCCGCACUCCUUCCAUUAGCUUCCAUAACAAGAAAGGGAGUGAGCAGAAGUCUGACUCGGCGAGUCAAAAUGUUAACAUCUCAAAUGGUGCCCAGUCCUCUCUUAGCACUUUUCAAAAACUCAGCUUAGACGAGCACAUAAAAAGCAGAGGAAGGCAUUCAGUUGGCUUUGGCAGCUCACGUAACAAGAAGAUAACAAGGUCUUUGACAGACGAUUUUGAAAAGGGAAAGGAGCCCUCAGCUAAUAAGAAUGUCUUUAUCAAUUGCAUAAGCUCUGGGAAGAAUGAGGGCGAUGAUUCGGGCUUUGCAGAAGAGCGAAGCCGAUAUUCUGUCAAACAGUCCACACGAAAACUUCUCACCAAAUCUUUUUCCUCACACUACAAAUUUUCCAAACCAGUUCCAGAGAGUCAGUCAGUUUCCUCUGUGCAGCAGCCCAGGUGCUUGCUGGAAGUUAAAUCCUAUGUGGAGAGUGAACCUGUGAUGGCCAAAUUGUCUCCUCCAUGCUCGGCUGAGACGACGGAGUGCAUGGGCAGCUCCCUGCAGUCCCCGCUGCUCUCGGCUGACCUCACGGCUGCCCAGACCCCCUCAGACUUCGUCGCUCUGACCGAGGACUCUGUUUCAGAGGCUGAUGCCCUGCCCAGCAGCGGGCCAGGGGCACUGCUCACAGAGGAUUUUGGCCACGAUGUCUCUACCUCUCAGAUCUUCUUUAAUCCUGCUGCUGCUCCUGUGAGGGAGAGAGAGACUGUGCAAAGUGCUGGCCAUUCUGCUGUUGUAUCUCCUGUGAGUCAUGCAAGCUCAUGCAGUGUGGAAUCCAGUACCUUAUUCAAAACCUCAGUUGCUAAUCAAACAAAAGUAUUGUUGCAAGCCAAUGGACUACAUAUUAAUGAUGCCAGCCACAUAGAAAAAAUUAACUCAGAAAAUGCACAUUUAGGAACCUUGAUGUUACAGCAUAGUGAAGAACCAGUGACACUCUCCCCAAAGGCACGGGGGUUGAGUGGCAGCAGAGAUGAAAGCACUCCAUGCAAGCACAUGAGAAACACAGUUCCUCUAGUGGGGUCUAACACUGUUCCAUGUUCUGAACCUCAGUCCUUUAAAACACAACAGGGUUAUGAAUCAAACCAUCCUAAAGUUGAUCUUGCCAGCAGCCUCAGUCCACACAGGGAAGGCAGAUUUGUUGAGAAACGACUGAGGUCCUCUUCAGAAGGCACUGCUGGGGGCAGCCGGCUGAUCAUAAAACCAAAGGAUGGAAAUGCAGAAGAGCUUAACAGCCUAAGGAAGCAGAGAGCAAGCUCGUCCUCUUCUAAAAUGAACAGCAUGGAUGUUUUGAAUAACUUGGGUUCCUGUGAGUUGGAUGAAGAUGACCUAAUGCUUGACUUGGAGUUCCUGGAAGAACAACAUCACCAGCGUUCUGUGUGCCGGGAAGACUCAUGCCAGUCAAUAGUGUCAUGUGCUGCUGUAGUACUUGCCCCUGUAGAGACGACAGUGGAUACAAGGAAAAAAGAACAGAUGAGAAUGCCUGAUGUGUCCAAACAGAAUCUAUCCUUGAAGCUGUCGAAGGAGGUGGAGCAAGGAGAAGCCAGGUACCCUCGUGUCAGCCAGCUGGCUGGCAGCCCAUCUGUGGAGUGGCCUUUCGCUGGGCUGGAAGAAGGUGGAGGCAUUGAGUCUCUGCCCUUCAGAUUGAUGCUCCAAGACUGCACUGCUGUCAAGACACUGCUUCUGAAAAUGAAGAGGGUUCUUCAAGAGAGUACGGACAUGAGCCCAGCUGGCAGCACAGCCUCCCUCCCCGUUAGCCCCCUUCCUGAGGAGCCGUUGUUUUUCAAGGAUGGAAUAAAAGAUGAAUGCUCAGUGCUGAAGCUGCAGCUGAAGGAGAGGGACGAACUCAUAGCCCAGCUUCGUGAGGAGCUGGAAAAGGCUCAGUGCUUUCAGAAGGCUCUUGCUUCCCAAGCAGACAAAUCCACACAGACAGAACUCGUAGGCCAUGAUGGCACAGCAUUGGGAAGUGCUCCUGUACCUUCUCGCAGGCAAUUAUGUGCUGCCACCAGUGAUCCUACAGUAACUCUACUGCAGUGGAAGAGGCAAGAGUAAUCUGAUCUCAGUUCAUGCAAGAUGUUUUAGACUACAGGGCACUUGUGGCUGCUUCACCUCCAGAGUGACCGGGGUGGCUCAGUGGUGGCGAUGGAAGUCACUGGGAAUCCACCUCUGGGCAUCCAAAGCUGUUGUGGACAUUGAGUGGCAUCUGUGCCAAUGCUGUGUUAUGACAUUUGCUCUUGGAGCUCAGAGUCCAGAGGUGAAAUGUGGAAAAGCAAUGAGUGGUUGAGACUGAGUUUUUGUUUAUAAGCUUUUUUAAAAUAAAUGUCUACUCAUAGGGCGUUUGAACACUCUGGGUAUAAACUCUGAGACACCGAGUAUAACGAUAGCAAAUGAAUUACAAUAUGGGAGUUAAGUCUCCUCUCCACAAGAUAAAAACUUGUCUUCUGAAUUUGAAUAGAUUGCAACUUAGUUUCUAUUUUACCAUAAAGCCAGGACUGGGGAAAAAAGGAAGGUACAAUUCAAACUAACAAAAAAUAUGUAAUUAGCAACAAAAUAAGAUGCAAGGACAGAAGGUAAACUGAAAGGGGAGUCUACGGUCAAUAUAGAUGUCCUCAAAAGUGUAAUGAUAGGUGUUUGACAGAGCAGACAUUGGAGACAGACAUACUGAUAGACAUACUCAUUAGUGUAUGGCUAACCUAAAGGCAAAACACAGAUUUGCAAAGUACAGUUAUGACUGAAUAAAAUGUAGUAUCACAACAAAAUGUAGCUGCAGAUUUUUUGGCAGAAUUGCACUACAAUUGCCUUAGGAGAAAAAAACUCUCAUGUUUUCUCCUGUUGCUUGUUCAUCAUGUGAAGUGGAAGCACAAACAUGCCAGUGAAAUAGAUGGAGUAGAGUAAACCCCACGGUUCUGAAAACAAGGGUUUUUUUGCAAGAUUUCCUUCAAACCACACUCUUUUCAUGCAAAAGUAUAUGUUAGAGUCAGGAUUACAGGUUUACAUCAAGUGUUAAAGCAAUGUGGAUCUUGCACCAGAUGAGAAAGCUUUAACAUUUUUGUAUCUGUGGUCCUUUUUGUAAGGACUUUAUUCCAAACAAAGACUUUAUUCCAAAUGUUACCCAAAUUAAAUGUGAUGGUGGUAGUACUUUUAAAAAAAUAUAUAUUUUCAUUUACAUGUAAUUUGGGAAAUUAAAAAUGCUUACCUGCUUUGAUUAGCACUAUUUAGAAGAAACCAAUUGGAAGAAAUAGCAUAGAAAGAGCCUUGCUAUAAUAGAUGUUCCUGAAAGAGAGUAGGAAGGCAUCAAAAAUCAAUACAGUUAUGUGGCACGUGACAAUCAACUUUACCGACAGAAAAAAAAUUGAUCAGAUGCUUGAAAUAGCCACAUAAUAUCCAAAGAAUUUCAUACCGUCUAGUGAGAGGAAAAGCGCCAGAACUGAGUGCAGUUAAACAUAUCUGCUAGGCUUGGAAUUUCAUACAAUAAAAAAUUAAAAACAAACAAACCUAACAUCAAAAUUAAGGGAUUCUUAGUUGGUUUAUAAAUGAUAUUUUAAUGUUGCACUCUCCUGAAGUUUAAUUGAGUAGGAAAAAUAUGAAUAUGUCAGAGUUUUAAAUUGCAGUGUUUUUAAUUACAGCAGAAAAUAUGUGGAACUGAAAUUAGGAGAGUUAAGUUCCUAAUGUAGACAGCUUUACUUGUCCACUGUCAAGUUAUUUCAAAGCACUAGACAGCUUCUUUGGUCAACCAGAAGGAGAAAACAAGGAAAUAAAAAACUGCUGAGAAGUUAACGUCUUUUUUUGACUCAUGGCUUAUUGAAGAGGAAGAAGCCUUUUUCAAUAGAUUGGUUUUCUGAUAAAAGAGAAAAAUCCAAGGUGGUUGUGGUGAAUGAGUGAGUUGUGAAUGAAAAGAUUUGAAACGUUCUAUUUCAGAGUUUUAAAGACCUUCAUGAUGAAUAGGCUCACAUACUAGAGAAAACAGAGUCUCUUGGGAAAAAGUACUGGCAGUUAUUUUCUUGUAGAGUUGAUCAGUAUUAUCUUGGUUAAAGCAAUGCUUUAUAAAAGCUUAUUAAAAAUGCCUCCAUGUUUGUAGAGUCAUACCAUGGUAAUAAAGGUUUAUCUAUGAGAAUUGCCUUCUAUAUAGGAUAAAAAGUGUAAGCAUAGGAAAAUAGAUCAGUGUAUUUUGAGCUUUAGGAGAAAGCUUUAUCCUCACAGAAGGAUGCAAAACUCACCUUCCAAUCACAGGCCAGAUGUGAGUUUUCCAGACUGAACAUCUGACUUAAAAAAAAAUGCUAUAGUAUAUUAAGCUCAGAUAUAUAUUCCAUUACUGUUUGGGUAGAGCAUAGAACUGUAUCUGGCUAAUUGAGAAAAAAUUCCAGUCAGGUUUUCAUUCACUUUCAAGAAAAUUAAACAACAGUAUUAGAAAUAAAUUAUGUAAAUAGUAAUAAUCUUUAGUUGGUUUACAUUUUUGGCUCAUAAUUCUUCAUUGUACUAUUUCCAAAAAAGGCCUCAUCUGACAGUCACCUGCUAAAUUCAAUUUAAAACUUCAUCUGAAAAUUAUCUAUUUAACUGAAUAAUCUUUCUAUCAGGUUUUUUACUUCAGUAAUAUGUUCUUAGUGAUUUAGGCUUAUUGUAAUGUAAUCAAAAGUUAUAGCCCUAUUAAUUCCAGUGAAUGUAAGAUCAUGCUCUGCUUUUGCAAAAUGAGGAAAUGUAUAUUCUGACAGCUGUUUUAUUAAUAUAUUAUUAUUUUUUUUAAGUCUUUCAUUUGUGGGAGAGAAUUCUAAUUAUUUGAACGGCAACUUCUGCUUUCAUUCCUGUUUCCAUGGAAACAACAUUAGCACAAUGAAAAUUUUUUAAAAGUGAUUAUUUUAAAACAUUGGAGACUGGAGAUUUCAUUUAGGGAAUUUGGAACCCACUAAUAAAAACCAUAGAACUUAGAUAUAAAAUAGAAAUAAAAACUUUCUGUCACACUACGACAUGCAAUAACUCACACAUUCACUCAAGAUGCAAAAGAAGGAAAAAAGGAAGUUUUAUUUCUGACUUCACAAUAUAUAGAAUUUCAAAAGUGACAGUGAAUUGGAGGAAGAAAUUGACACCCCUCCAACCACACUGGUAUAAUCACAUCUUCCUAUCCUGCAUUCUUAGACUUUAUUACACCUCAGUCAAGAGAGAGUAUGGAAGCCAUGAGCUUGAAGAAUCGCUUUUUUCUGUUUGUUGUCCUUGCUUUCACUGCCUUUUAUAGUGUGUAAAAAUGAGAUGCAUUGUUUUGCACUUACUUUGAAAAUUAAAAGAUGACAACUGAGGUAAUCCAUUGAAAUUAAGGAAGCUCUUGCUAAGGACAUUUUAAACCACUAGGAGAUUUUUAAAAGAAAGCAUUUUCUGGGCUGCUUGAGCUGCUUCAAGUUCCUGUAAUUGAAUGUUUCUGAAAAUUUUCUCUUCAAAACAUCCAUAAAAUAAGUAAAAUCUAAUUAGUAAAGACUUAUUUUGAAGUAAUUUCUGUAUGAAACGCUUUAAUAUUUUGUGGGUUUGUAAACUCUUUGUUCCCAUGAAAAUAAGCAGAAAUGGCAGCUUCCAACAGGUAUUAAGCUUUUGGGGUUUUUUUUUUUAAUUUUUAUUAGUAAUUUCUGUGGUGACGAUGUCUGUGGUCAAUACAAAAUGGAAGAAAGUCUCUAGGAUCUCUUUCCCUCUAGCAUCUCAGAAAAAAUACAUAAUUAAAAUUAUUAAUAACUCCUUUCCUGAAAAGUCUGAGCUCUGUAUUUUCAUUAAAAAAUACAGAAAUUAAAAUUUUUUCAUUAAAAAAUUAAAUUAAAAAUAAAUUUUAAAAUUUUAAUUAAAAAAUUAAAUUAAAAAUUAAAUUUUCUUUCAUUAAAAAAUACAGAAAUCCGUUAAACUUUUCCAUGAACAAGGAGUUGACAAUUCCAUAUAUCUAAUGCUGGAAUUUGUGUCUGUCACAAACAGAAGGCAGUGAAGGAAAACAUAGAAACCCGUUCCAGCCAAGGCUUUAGAGUCUGUAAUUUGGGAAGCACUUCUGCUGAUGGAAAGAAGGGGGAAAAUGCACAGUCUCUGAAGCUACAUCUUUCUUUCAAGUUUAUUUUCUGUUUUCCAAUUCAUGUGCAGUUAGUCUAAGAAACUUUAGCUACUAAACCUGGUAAUUUAUCUUUUUAAGUGGCUAAUGAUUGCUUUCAGGUUUUCCAUAUGAGAUUGACUUUCCCAAGUGAUGAUACUUUUUUAAUUCUAAAAAUAAGGUUAACACAGUAAAUAAAUCUUCAAUUAAAGUAAUAUUUAAUUCUAGGCCUAACAAAAUAUUUCUGAUUGAUUUGAUCACUUUAAUUCAGGCAUCGAACUGAAGAGUCCCUUAUUCACCUAACUCAAUUUUGAGUAGUGAAAUUGAAUCUCUGAUAGAUCUCCUUCAGGAGUAAACUCUGAAUUUCAUUUAUUCUGAAUAAAUUACAUCUCAAAGUAAUCCUCUUUCUGAUUAGUUAGUUAUCUAAAACCUGACAGUGAUUUUUUAAUUCUUUUUUUUUUUAGAGCUAUAUUUGAAUUGUAAUGACUUGUCAGUGUAGCCAUGUGUUAACUUACGCUUUGUCAGUGGAGUAAUUUCCCUCAUUCAGUGCUUCCCCUUUGCCCACUGUACUAUUACUGCUGUUUCGGGACUUUUUCACACAAAAAAUCCAUCUUUCUCUAGUGACCAUAUACUCUGCUAUAGUAAUAGUGAUACAUACAUUCAGAUUGUCUGUUGAAAAAUUUGCUAUGAAAAACUUGUCCUACUACCAGCUUAGCUGUUUGUUUUUUAUAAAUAUUCUGUUGAUCACAUAGUUACCAGAUGUUUAUAUAAGAAAAGCAUCAGGAAAAUUAAGAAUUACUUACUUUAUGUCAUUAAUGAGAACAACAGAGUGGAAGAAAUAGAAACAUAGAAAUUCAAAAUAAGGCUUCCAGUGAAAGAAACUGGUAGAGAAAGGAUAAGAAAGAAUGAAUGUGAAGAAGAGUGCACAUUUUUGCUCAGAAAAUAUGAAACUUGAGGCUAAAAGACUCUUUCUCAGGACCUUUGAGUUGUCAGAGGCUUCAUGGCUUCAGAUACCAGUCUUCUCAUUGAUGUUGGAGCAGACUUGAGCAAAGCAGUCUCAGGCAGAAUUUAAACUAAGGAACAUACUUACCCACGUUUUUCUCAUGUAUAUGUGCAGUCAUAAAAAAAAAAAAAUAUUCUAAGAUGUGAGGAGUUACAAAAUCAUUUUAUGAUGACUUACAACCUAGACACUUGUAUUUUCAUUACCUUGGGUGACAUUCAGCAUUUCCAAUUAUGGAGACUGCAUUUGCUUUUUGGUUAAUCAUUAUUAUGAAUAGUGCUUUUCUCUCAUGUACUUAAGUGAAAAACUGUUGUAUCGAUUGUUUUGGUAAGUAGUUCUGUAUUCAGAGAAUUAAUGGAAUUUGGGAGUGCUAAAGAUGGUUUCUUAAAUUACUGAAAGCCUAAAUAGGCAAGUCGGUGUUCAAAAGUUUCCAAGACAUUCCCAUUAGCAUCCAUUAAAUGCAGUGAAGAAAUUUCAUGGAUCUACACUUCCUGCCACAUGCUCGUUGUUGCAUACGUGACCAGAGAUAGCAAGAAUCUAUUUUGUUUGGCAUUGCUAAAGAUUUAUAUAGGCUGAAUAAUGAACUAUGGCAUUUUUUUACUCUUCUGAUACAGCUGUUGAAUCAUUAACAGUUUUCUGUAUUGUAUUUAAAUCUAUCGAAUAGAUUAAAAAAACACUGCCUUUAAUCAGCAUGGCAUCAUUUUUUGUCCCAGAUUUCCCUUCUGAAAUUUUGCAAGUAUUAUUAUUGCAAUCGCUAUUGCAUUUUAUCAGUAGUGGAAAAAGCAAAUUGACAGACAUUUUGCUUUAGAUGGUUGAAAGGAGUUAAAUGUUGGAGUAAAAAUAUUCGCCAUUUCUCUGUGUUAUUCAAGCAUGUAUGUGAAUGCCCCUUUUGCUGGUCUCUCCCUUACAGACAAGAGACAGUCUGUACCUUUCUAGAGAGAAGCUGCACAAAUUAUCUACUCUGUUGCUUUCUUAUAAACACCAUGGAUUUUAUAUGCUUCAUAGACCACAAAUUAGAAUUACUUGUUUUCACUGUUUUUAAGACAUUGCUAAUGCUUGAAUUAUCUGUGGGUAUUUAUCAAGUUUUUAUCAAGGAAUUACAAAUGAAUGUGGUAUGGAUUGCUAAAAAAUGAAUAUUUGGCAUCAUGCAGUUUUAGGCAGCAUUAUAUAUAAUACUUUUAAAUAUCACCUUAAUUUAUUCCUCAUCCAGUUAUUUUUCUAAGAUUUUUUUUUUCCUUUUCAUCCAUUCAUUUUCUAACAUCUGCAAAGUAUCUGCUGCUUUGCUUUUGUAGAAAAAUCAAUUCAUUAUUGUCAUUUGGUCAUACUGCUGAAGUUCAAACACACAGGAAAAGAAUGAGAGGCUUUUAUAUGCUUUGUUAGAGUCAUCUAUUGUUGGGAAAUAAAUAUCUGCUGAAUGUUUUCUGGAAGCUAUUUCAAGCAUUUGUUAUAAGAAAAUACAAUAAAAGUGGUAUAGUAAACCUUGUUAAGCUUUUCUGUAAAGUAACAAUAAUUUUUAGAUCCCUUCUCUUCAAAAUGCUAAUAAAUUGCCUCUGUUUGGUUCUUAAAAUAGCAUAUUAGAUGAACUUUGCUUCUUUCAGAACUUUUUUUAAAGGGUAAGUAAUUUUGUUGACAUUUCCCUGUGUAUCUGAUCUUCAGGGUUUUAGAAGUCCAAAGAAAAGAGAUGUAAAAAUGAACAUAGUAAAAAUGAACUCUACCAUAGAUAUUAAAGAUGUAUAUGGUCGGUUUUAUUACUUAUUUUAAAAUUACAUGUUUUGGUAGUGAUAAACUGUCCUCUGUACUAUUAGUAUAGCUGAAGAAACCCACUGGUAAUUCCCAAGUGGAAAGACUUGUUCAAUUUCUCUUGUGGAGUCUGUCACACUUCUGCCACAGCCUCCUGCCAGCUCUCUGGGAAUGACUCUAGACCUAGACUAACAAACCAAAAAGUAGAAAUGCUUCAUGACUUCUAUUGUGUCAAUUUCCCUCUUUCCCCUCUCUAGCAAAAGGAUGCAGUAUUGCAUGUUUUUACAGGUAAAAACUGUAAGAAGAGCUAACAGAGACCAUUUUUUGUUAGGAUAGUGAGUAUAUGCAUAAAGUAGGCCUCAUGCUAGCAUUUACUAUUUUACUCAUCGGAUUAGCACCAUUACCCCUGGGCUGCUUAUAUUUAGUUGUUAUGUGUAGGCUGACAUUGAAGUUUAGGGAUCAGGCAUUUAAGCGAACUGAAGCAUGACUCCAAACAAGCAAAACAGAUGCACGCAAACAGAGGUGUUUGGGAGACAAGCACAGGCAGUGGUACAAAGGUGUGAUUCACUAGAUAGACACAGAAACAGUUCAGAAGCACGAAUUCAUGUCCUUGUGUAUUUCUCCCAGGAAGACUGAGGGUGGAUCAGCCUGCAAUAGUUGUGGAUUUAUGUACAGAACAGUCCCUUCUGUUCCAGUGCUGUGUGUCCCUGCUUGCUUCUUGGGCUGUCCUUUCAACACAACCAGGUCUUGCUGACUGUAUUUUAUCUCCUGUAACAUCAAAAAUAGUUCCUGAUGUGAAAAGCCUUAUUAUUCUAUUUAUUCAUAGUGGGUUUUUUUUCAAAAAGAAAUAAAAAUCUGUGGAGGUAGAAAAAAGAGAAUUUAUUGCUGUGGGAUCAGGUUGGUCUGUACUUAUCACUAGCUACUGUUUUGUAAUCCUCACUUGCUUACAGUUUCUGUCUGAAUUUUCCACUCUGAGUUACUGUUUUUGUAGAUAAAACUUUGAUGGAAAUGAUCAGUGUGUUGUCAUUUUUCUCACUGGGGCUUGGAAAAAGCUUUUGAGGUUUGAAUUCAUUUGGGAUUUGGCUAUCUUGGCCAUGUGCAGUGUAUCUGAUACUGUCAGUAUUGCCUACUCACCUGAAUGAAUUAUAAUCAAUAUAAUAUAAGCUAUUUCUAAUAUUCAUUAGAAAGGGUUGAGUCCUCCCAUGAAGAACACAGAGGCUGAGGCCAAACAGGCCUUUUUUUUUUUUUUCCCCCUUUAAUUUUUAGCUUGCAUGGAGACCACCUGUUGCCUCACCUUGUUUUGUAGCCCUCAGCUGUGGCAUGUGUGGUGGUGUCUGUGUCUGCACAUGGCUGAUGAUCUUGCCUACCAGUUUAUGACUGUGACUUAGUUUUUCUUGCAGUCUAGUUGUUAUUUUAGCUUCAUUGACUGUGUGAACCUUUUCUCGGACAAUGGCAUGUAAACAUAUACUGGAUUCAGCUAAAGAUUUCUGUUGGUCUGUUCAUGUUCCUUGGCUGGGAAAUUUGAAAAAAUUGCAAUUAUUAGGACCAUAGAAAAGAUGGUAAAGCUGGCCUGUUGUCACCUAGAUGUAAACCCCUGCAGUUUUAUCUUUCAGCAACAGUGACUGUUUGCAAGUUGAAAAUUUUAUCUAACCUUACAAACAAGCUUAGAGUCACUUCUCUAAGCUGUGUUAAUUAAAACAAAGCAACUGCUACUGCAGGUUGGGAGCAGUAUGGCUGUUCUUUAGCAAAACAUAAAAGUGCAUAAACCUCCCCCUUUAUAUUUUUUGUCUUCUUUUGUCUCAUGUAGCAAGAGUUAACGAUGUAGGUGCCAUAACUGGAUGACAAUAGCAAUCAUAUGUUUAUUUUGUUCUAGUGGCACCCCUUGACUUAAUUUCAGGCACCCUAAGAGAGUAGGACACUGAGACACGGGAGGUGGGAUGCUCACCUGGAGGGCUGUGUGUCCCACUUUUCACCUUCUACAUACAAGAUUUUUUUUUUCCCCCUAAUGUGCUUUUCAGCCAGAGAAGUGGUUGUACAUGCUUAACUUCAGGGGUGUGAGUAGAAGAAAGUGAGACUGUUCCUAUGUAGGAAUAAAUGUUUCUCUGUUCUUGGAUAUGUUUCCACCCCAUGGCCGGUUUUGUGUCCUCUUGCCCCAGCACUAACCACACAGCAGGAGAAUCAGGGAAUUUAGGUGGGUUUUAUGUGUUGCAGUGAAGGAGUUUUAUUAAUUUAUAAAACACUUAGAAAACUUUGGACAAUAUCACAUCCGGAUGUGAAACUUGCCAGCAAGUUGCAGAUCCACUUCACUGAGAGCUUUGAGGAUGCAAUUAUUUCAUAUAGCUAUCCAGGUCAAAUAUGAGCGUGGGUCUCAAGAUUUGAAAAAUUAUUUCUCUACUCAUCUUUGUGAAGUAGAAUCUGACUUUGGAUUCAAAGACGAUAUAUUUUGUUGUUUAUUAAAUAUUAUGUUUAUGGCACUAUAAAUACUUCAUAUAUUUUUAAAUGAACUGUCAAAUACAGCCACAGACUAAAAUGGGAGUCACAUCUGGACAUUUUACAGUUCACUUUUACUUCAGUGCUAAAAUUUAAAUGCAAUUUGUGAAAUAAGUCAUAUAGAAUAAAACAAUAAUGUGGAAAAUACCCUGCAGUAUUAAUUUGUCUGCAAAUUAAUUUGAAGGAAAAUUACUGAGUCUGAGCACUUCUGUGUGCCAAAUGUGUGUUUCAUGGCCGUAAGCACAGGAUGCCUCACUCCAUAUUCAGCAUUUACUUUUACACUGAGCAACCACUGCAGGAAGAUGGUUUUUCCUAAUGGAUUUAUAAUGACAUGGAACAAACAUUCCCUAAAAAAAACCCUAACAAAAUAAUUGCAGGAUGAGGUGCUAUAUUGCUACAGUUUUUCAGGUGUACUCUUUAACCAGUUGCCUUGCUUCUGAAUUAGGUGGAAAAUAAAGCAAGACAAAUAUGAAGUAAUUCUUCAUACUGCUUUUUUAUUAGCUGUUUGAAGACUGAUUUGGAACUUUUUUUUUCCUUUGAAAAACAACAGGCAGAAGGCAAUUUAAAUACUGUAAUUUAUCUUUGAUGGAUGAUGCAUUUAAAGUAGCUGGAAGCAAAUAAUUGGAGCAUGUAGCAAUUAACAUUCUGAUCCCACUAAGGGAGCUGCAUGUGCUGACCCUCACCAUCGGAAUGUGGCUCUAAACAGGUAUGAGGUCUAGUGCUAGCUAGACUUCAGCUUCAAAGGGCAGUUGUUGCACUUUCCUAUGCUGAUUUGAAAUGAAAUGCCAAAUGAAUCUGUGAAGGGGUUUCUAGCCCAUCCAGAUUAAGGUGGCCAAGUCUUGUGCUGCAAAAAAAAAAUCCACAAGCCUUUUGGGAAGGCAUGAAAGGAGUCAUGACUCAGUGACAUGUCAAGCCCUGUCCUUCCUUAGUCUAAAUAAUAUUAACUGAGUAUUAUCUAAACCAUGUAAAUCCUUCUCAUUGUUGAUGUGGAAUCCCUCUACAGGUAUCCUGUGUUUUUCUUACUCUGUUUUAUUAAUGCUUGGUGGAGGAGCAUCAGUGGCAGCAGAGGGACUCUGCUGAUUCCUUAAAUUAUUUCCUUGAGGACAGUACAGCUGUAGUACAAGUUUGUGGUGCAGAAUGGCCUUUGUGUCCCCUGGAAUCAGCUGCUGGCAAGGAAACAAUGCAGGUCCUCUCAGGUAAACAGAAUACUUCACAAUCAGACCUCUGAAGUAAAACACAAAAUGGUUCAUGUAGUUUUACACUUCCCAUUGAAAUCAGUGAUAAGAAUGCAAAUCUGUAAAACUAGACAGAGCUGUUACAAUCCUAUUUCCAGUACAUACUUUGCAAAAGCUUCAGGGUGAUUCACAUUACAAAAUUUUGCAUGCUGGUUUCACCUUGACAUCCUGACGUCAAAAGUAUUAAAUGCUUAUUUGUGCUUCAAGGAAACAUUAAGAGCUUUCUUCAGACUUAGGUUAAAUUUUCCACUUUUGGUUUUUUUUGUUUUGUUUUUUUUUUGUCAAGUAACCUUGGAGAUUUUAACUUUGAUUUGAAUUUUGUCCAUUGUAAAUUUAGUUAUAAACUGUAACUUUCUCAAUGAGAAAAUUUAAAGGCUUGUCUUUUUUGCUUUACUUUGACAGUGGAAUGCUGAUCCACUCAUGUCAGUGAUUUUUGCAUUUGUUCCAUUGACAUUAAUGAUUUCUGCUCUACCAGCAUUUUAAGUUUUGGGGGUUUGUCUAUUUUUUUUUUUUUUUUUUUUUGUUUGCCAGUUAAUUUUUUUCCUUGGUUGUUUGCAUGCUUGACAUUUAUAAAUAUAUAUUUCACAGGUUUGAAGUUACCUACCUUCUUAAGACCAGAAGCUCAUAAUAGGCAGUUUGAUUAGACAUUGUUAUUGUCUUAUAAUUUGGGAUAGCUUAUGAUUUUAACUAAAUUUUGAUGUAUAGGAUUACUAUUAAUAUGUAUUUUAUGUAAUGACAGCACUAGGGAAGGACUGUUCUCUACCCAGAUCAGUGAAUUGCUAAACUGAAGGAGAGAUACAGGUGUUCUUGUCCUGAUUUAUUGAAGAGCUUCACCAAACCCUACACAAAGUAGGGUUGUAAAUAAUUCGGUUGAAGUAUGAAGAGUAACAUAUUUUAAAUAAUGUAACAGGUAUAAUUAUAUUUGAGGCUUAACAUCUUCAAUAAAUGUUACUAGGUUGUGCGCAGCCCUAGGUCAGGCCAAAAAGUGUGAUUAUUUUUAUGACUUCUCUGGAAAAUCUGUUGAUAUCAGAAGUAAUUUUGGUAGUUUCCCACUCCCUUAUAAAUCACUCUAUAUUAUCUGAUGCCAUUAAGCAUCCCCACAUUACUCUGUAGUUUUUUUAACAGGAUGAAAAGGCAGAAAAAAAGCUGAAAAACCAUCUUUUAUACCCUUGGUGCAGAUCUGUCUGAGAUAAGAGCCCACUUACGAUUUUUGUGUUAGCAGUAGUGGUGUCACAUCAAAUAAAAUGAAAUCUUACACUGAGUGUUCCAAUUAAAGUAAUUCCAUAAAGUCGACCAAAACCUUUGGUGGAAGAAAAAUUUCUGUUUGUCGGUGAAGCUUAAAUAAUUGACUUGAGGACUCAGUGUUUUUUGUUUUCUUGGUAAUCCAUCAUAACUUUCAAGCCAGAGACAUCACAGUCUCAUCAAAGUUCUGCUCCUUGCUGUGACUGAUUUCAAGACAAGCUUUCUGUUGUACACAGCAAUGAAAAGUAAAGAAUGUAGAAUGAUAAAAUACAUAAAAAUUAAUGGAUUCCUUUAUUGCACUCUAAAUUGCACUACAUAAAUAUUUUUGAAAUGUGCAUUCACCUAUAAUUUUAACCCCUUUUACCCUAUCUGUACCUUUUUUACCACUAUUAUUAUUAGAGACCAGAGCAUUGUUUGAAGGACUACAUUCUGAGAUUGAGACAGCAGGCAAAUAUCAAAACCUUAAGCAAUUAUUUAUGCUCAGCUACAUCUAUUUGGACUUGUCUGGAUGGAUGUUAAUUCCUGUGUGCAUAUCUAGUUUGGCUCAUUGAGACCAGUUUAACUAUUUCCUGACUGAUUUCAAGUCGUCUGGUUAAUUCCAACAGUUGCAGGCUGGAUAUUACCUGAGUAUUCAUAUUUUUUGUACCAAACAAAGAAAAACUACUAAACACCUUGCUUCCUUUGUUAAGUCAUUUUUGUAUGUCUGAGCAUAAGGCAAAUUCAGCAAAACCAAAAAUAGUUUGUCUGCUGAGUCAAUUCCCAGCUUCCGCUUAUCUUCCUCUUUCAGGUCUUACCCUCAGUUUCAGGUAUGGACUGUUUUUUACCUACUCCCUGAAAAACCCGUGCAUAUUUAUUCAAAUAUAACAGACCUCAUAAACAGUGUUACUUUGACCAUUCGUCUAUUCUUUUCCGUUUGCUCUGGUUUGCUGAUUUUAAUUUUAUUUUUUUAUGGUUUAAACUAGAUACUCCUCAAGGUUCAAGUUCUAUGAAAAAUUGUAAAAUAUCUAAGCUAUACUGCUGUGUAAAUUCAUAAUGGUUUAGGUUCCAUUUAUUUAUAAUAAGUAACCAAGUCACUCACAGCAUUCCUUUUGAGUGAAGCAUAAAUGAGGUUGUAUCUCUCAGGAGGUGAUCUUGUAAUAAUUUGCUUAUUUAAAAAGAUAUUGUUUGCAUUCUUUCUUGCAAGAGCUAUAAUAUGAGAAGAAUAUAGUGUAAAAUAAGGGAAAAAUGUUGAAGUGGCAUAUUUUAGUGUUUUUUUCAAGAUGCCUCCUAAGAAACAGCUCUGUUUUAUAUUUAGAAAACUUCGGUGUCUGUGGAACAUCAUUAUACGUGAUAUAUGAACUUUAAUACAAGAAAAUUGUGGGUUCAGACAUAAUACAGUCAUUAAGUUAUAUUCAGAUAUCAUUGCUUAAGUGCUCAAAGGCUUCAAAGUCAAUGCAAAUCAUUGGAUCCUGGAGUGAACUUACUUGAUAAACUGCUGUGUUCUUCAUUGUGCAAAGCAGUGGAGAUUGCUGGCACUAUCGAUUUUAAUACUGGAAAACAGAAAUAUGAUCUCUCAGGGGAGCUUGCCCUUUUAAAUAGCAAUGUGAGCGUUAAAAUUACACCUUUAUUUAAUAUUAGUGCUUGAAGGCAACUUCAGAAGAGAAGUAGCAUUUAUUCACUGUUUGAAUCAAGGUACCGUGUCAUAGGUAGUGUCAUACUCAACAACAUUUUAUAAGUCUAUGAAGGGCUCCACAAACAUAGCAAAUUUCAAAUCUAAACCAACAGCUAUGAGUUUUAGAUGUGUAUCCAUGUAUUUAUGGGAGUGGAACACUAACUGAUACUUAGUAGUAGAAGAUGUAGUAGCAAGAGGUGGCAGUAAAAUGAUGUGUAAGGAGGAAAGAGCCAAGAAAACAAUAUGUUUCAUUCAGUAUGGAGACAAGAAGUAAAUAACUACUUUAUAAUUGUGUGUUACUCUAUAUAAUUGAGAUUCUUCUUGGAGAAAAAUAAAUAAGAAUAUCUGGGAAGUACUCUACUUCAGUAAUUGAUUAAAAGGGUCAACAAAUUAGGCAUGUACUGUCUUAUGCACAGGAAACUAUUCCUGAGGCAUUGGUUCUCACAGAUGUUUUUGAUGGUGGGCUUAGUCAGGAUAAUGAACUACUAGAAUUAUAGAUGAUAUGUCUCGGGAAAGAUUUCUUUGAAUACUAAUCAUCUUGUGGUGCUAGGUAUACCUGUUUAGUGACUUUUGGUGUAGGUGCUCCAAUAGGAUAGUAAGUGACAUUGAAUUAUAUCCUGGGUGUACCAUCACCAGUACUCUAUUAUUACAGUAAAUUCCUGUAUGUUAUUCAGGUAGUUCUUAAAAAGUGUGACCUGUUUCAUAUAGGUGAAAGUAGCUCUUCCAGGAACAGAAAUAAUUAAUACUGUGUUUAUUUGCACAAGAGUACCUAAUUUGCAGGUUUUAGAUUGAGCUGUAGGGUGGCAAAAAGUAAAUGGCACCUGAAGUUUCAUUUCACCACCACCAAAUUUUAGUUUGUACAGCUGGGGGUUAAAUGUGGAUUUUAAUUCCCAUUUUUUGUGGCUUUUAUCAGUGCUCAGCUGGUGAAUGGAGCAAGAGCUCUUAAUUGGAAAAGGAUGUUUUGUUCUAGGCUGAUCAGGGUAACAUGAUUUGUACUUCUCUCCUUUCACAGAGGAAUUCCUGUGACGGAUUAAGCAUCUCUACUGAGUUGUUAAGCCUGAAGAGUUCAGGGUAUUCCUUACCCCUCAGUAUUAAUCCAGUUAGUCUAUCUAUAGCAGAGAGAGAAAAAUUAAUAGUUGUGUGCCCUGCUCCUGCUGUGCUGUAGGAUGCAGUUCUGCAGCUUCAUAUGUGGACUUACACAUACUGUGUGUGUCUAUAAUAUUGUUUCCUUUGUUUCAGUUUUCCUAACCUCAUUAAGAAAAUUUGUCAUCUUAGAGACUAGAAUUGGAGGAGAAAGUUAUUCCCAGACAGGCUGUAGCCUCAUCAUUCGAUCACAUCUGGUGAAUAAAGCAAAGCAUGUAAGGAGGAUGAAGGAUAAGGUACAUGGGAGCCAGCAGCUGAGUGAGUUCAUGUGCAGAAAUAAUACAACUAAACAACUUGUUCAACUGAGCAUUAAAGGGUUAAGUCAAGGUAAGGGGCACCUGAACAUGCACGGUGUCAGACACUGCUUGAACGUGAAGGAGCAAUACAGGAGGGGCAGAUGGCACAGCCAGGGCCCAGAGCUCAGCUGGUUCGCUUUGAGGCUCUGUCUUUGUGCAUGUGCAGGAUUGUGGCUGACUCACAGGGGAGUCAGUCCAGCCCUGUACAAUUAUAAAGCAAUGAUAAUUUUGUAGUCUUUAACCUUAAGAAUAUUGUGGCUUUUUGGAGGAAGCUUUUCAUUAUAUUCCAGCAAAUUUACGAUAGGUGGUGGUAGUGUUAAGAGAUGAAAAAUGUUUGACUACAGAAAUGAAAUACAAAAUUUGGGGAUGAGAUACUGCAUUAUAAUGAACAACAAACUUCUCAGCUGUCUUUUAAGUUCAUUUAAACCUGUAGUACCUUAUCAAGCAAAAGAAAGAUACUGCAAUAUUUUUGUAAAAAUGUAGAGACCUCUUAAAUUUUUACAUUGAUUGGAGAAUGCCAGUACCAGGUUUCUCAGAGGUAGCACAAGGAAACAGAAGUUGACAUUUGCUGUCAACAGAAGUUGACAGGAGUCAGUACUGAGAGUCAGUCAAGACAGAGGAAAGGCCAGGGAGGUGAGCUGAUGGACUGCCUGAUUGCAGGAGAGGCACAUGAGCUGGUUUCUGCUCUCCACACGGUGCUCUCAGAGAUGGAAACAGAGCCUAUGCUUGUGCCUCCUGGCAAAAAUUGGUUUCAGGAGGUGCUGCUGCCCUCACUGCCUCAUCUGGGGGGACUAGGAGCACUACCAUUUCUUUUUCUUCAUGGUCAUCAAACUAAGUCUUUCUUGUUUUUUCUCUCCACAAGUGGAGAGAAACCACACCUGGUGUGUUUGAGAUUCAUAUAAACAUUGCUUCUGAAUGUCAUCGUGUAGUUCUUUAUAAGAACACAGCUGGGAAAUUUUGUCUUCUGUUAUUUGUGAUGCAAUUAAUGAAUCCCUAGGAAUAAUUUCAUGAUUUUUGGUCCAACUCUCCAUAAAUCCAUUAAUUUAUUUGUCUAAAAUAAGAGCACAGGCACGGAAGUACCCGAUAGUAUGUUUCACUAAAAAAAAAAAAAAUAAAAUAAAAAGAAACUAACUGCUAGCUCCCUCAUCAAAUUCUGAAUAUGAACUAAAUACUAAUAUGCAGUAUGUGUUUCAAUUUUUCUGAAUACUCAAGCCUUGGAGAAACACUAGCAGCUUAUCUUUUUUGCCUGGAAGUUGAAAACUUUUUAGGUAAAGACUCAAUUUCAAAACCUUGUAAUAACUUCAUCAUAAAUGCAAAAGGUAAUGUGAUAAAGUAAUGGUUAUAUUUACAAACUGAUAUUUUUCAGUGACAGCAUUUCUUUGAUUUGUAAAAAAAUCCAUUAUUUUCAAAAUGGAUAUAAUAAAUUUUUUACAAUAUAUUGAAAAUAUUAAUUAAUUACUGUAAUAAAUUACUAUCAAACUUACUGAUAGAAGCAGUUGUUGUAAUGAGUUUUGCAUCUUGAACUAUAAAUAAUCCUUCCAUACGGGAUGAAAAAAGCCCACAAAGAUAACCUUUUUGAUUGAAUAAUUUAAAAGAAGAUUAUAUAUUCUUAUACAAAGAAGUCAGGAGUGCAAAAGCAUUUUGUACAAGAACUCUGUAUUUCUUUAUGUCUUGGCUACUUUAUGUGAGGGGCUUAGUGACCUUUUUAUUUGGAUCCCUGUAGUUCUAUCACACUUUUUUUUUUUUGUUCCUGUUUUUGUGCAAAUAAUUAUAGGCUCUCUAAAAGCCAUCAUCUGAAGUAAUCUUAGUUGCACCCACAAUAUCCAAAUUACUGAACAUUUUGUUUCUGUGCUUGCCCAGCGUGUGCAUCAACUACCAGCACACUGCCCCUCUCUGAGAGGUGGAUCACCUCAGCCAGUUCCUGCCUGUGGUUAGUAAAUGUUGGCACUAUGGAUUGCAGAUAAUUGAACCUAUCAUUGAUGACUCUUAAUGGCAACACUCUGCAAUUCCAUGCCUGGAGUGACGCCGUGGGAGGGCAUAAAGCUACUACACUCUAUGCUACAUUGACCAAAUUCAAAUUAACCCACUGCUGAAAAGUUUGUCACAUCUGUAUUAUCCCAGACAAUGGGAUAAUAUUAUCCCAGAUGCAAUGGAGUGUGUUUUCCAGGGAUGUCUCUGUUCAACAGGGUUCUUAAUUUUCCCCCAUCACUUUUAAGAAUCAGCUAGGGUAACCAUAGGACAGAGAAGGGGGCUGGUCAUAGUCGUGCUGUUCCCACACAUAUUAUCAGUGUGUGGCUGAUUCAUUAUGGGUCAGCAAAGUACCUAACCUGUGUCUGAUGUCGUUCUCUCUAGAUGUAGAAGUGGACAUUUUUGGUUUUUCUUAUCUCUGGUGCCACACAGCAAAUUGAUAUUUUGAAGACACCCGAGGAAAAGAAUAUAUUAGUAAUUACAGUUCUGAGCACCUAUCAUGGAAGUGAAAUACCGAGGAACGAAGACACAAUAACUCCAGAAGCUUACUCUUUGAAGGUUUCUCCUCAUACAACUUGUAAAAUCUGACAAUUAUUUAAGGUUUCAACAUUUCCAUUCUUAUCUUUACUAACAAUGGAAGAUACUUAUAGUUCGGACUUCAAAUAUUAAGACAUUUAAACACUGUUCAAGUAUGUUUAGCAUUUUGUUGUGGUUCCAGAAUUUCCCCGAUGUUUUGUUUAUAGAAUUUGGCCUUUAUAAGCAUUUGAGAACUCCUUUUGCAUAAAUAAUAUUUCGUUUUUACAAUUCACUUUUCAGUAUUCGAAAUAGGAGAGGCAGCACUAUAUGUCAGUGAGUUUGGUUAAAAGAAAAACAACAACAAAUAGAUCAAUGGUGUGCUUAAAAUAGAAACUACCUGUACAGAGUGUUUAGGGCAGCUUGCAGAGACACAUCCAAAAUUUACCUGCCAGUUGUCUUGGUGAGUCAUUGCUCUUACUGUGCAGGUAUUCAGAGUAGCUUGUGUUGCUUAAACCUGAUUUCAUUUCACUGACGCACCAGUGAUCAAGUACUCCUUAUGUCCCUUUGAUCCACCAGAUUGCUUCUUUCUAUCCUGCCAGCUCCUUUACAGCAUUAUGAGGCAUAACCAUUUCAGAGGAGAAGAUUUUUCAGAUGUUCUGUUGGUCAUGACAUAGUGAAGCCAUGACUUUACUCACAAAUAUUUUGUAUAUGCUGCAUUUCUGUGUCUUGGGGAGGAAAGUGAAAGCUUAUCCACCAAGCAAUUGACUGGCCCAUGAUGGCCCUAAGAGUAAUUAUUUCCUAAUGAUCUGAAUAAAAACAGAUGGAGUCUAGACAGAAUAGCAUUAAAAAAAAAAAAAAAAAGAAGUGAGACUGUCAAGAUGAGUUUAUGAACUACUGCUGCUUUUGAUUUACUGUACACUUGGAAGACAGUGCUUAUUUUCUAAAGAAUAAACUAAACCCCAAGUAUAUUUAAAACUGAGCUUACUGGGAUGCACUGGGACCACAUUAACUCUGAGGUGCUGGGCUGGGCCAUGCUGCUUGACCACCUGCUAAAAUGCAAAGUUGUGUUACAGCAACAAAGUAUCAAAACCAGGCCACAGAAAUUCAUGAUGCUUUAGAUAUAUCAUCCAUCUUUUUAUUCAGUUAAUUCUCUAUGCUGCUUCUCAUCCCACCUUUUUAAAUAUGGGGCCAGUGAAGACAGUCUCAUUUUUAACGUCAGCAUUCAAAAGACCACAAGAGAAAUAUUUUGUUGGCCAAGGUUGCUUUUAGUGUAGUUAGCAUUCUACAGAAAAGCACAGAUUAAAGCACGUGGCACAGCCUUGUAGUGUGAUGUCUCAAGUCAGACUUGUGGUCUCACCCAUUUUUUGUACUGAGCGUUACUUGCUUGCAUUGCCAGCAUCCUCUAUGGUUAAUGCAUGAGCCAAUUCACAGAUCUUUCUUCUUUUAUUACUUUUUCUGUGCUGGGAAUAAUGUGCCCACACUUCCUUAGUACUUUGCACUGUUGUGUUUCUCUUUCAAUCCUAGGCAAGAAAAACAGACUGAAAUCACAAUUAAAUAUUAAUAGCUUAGAAUACUCAGGGUUUGAAAAUUACCCAUUACUUUUAUCUUGGAAAAUAAAAAUGUUUAUUCAUUAGUUGCAACUUUAUGAAUCAGUUAUUUAGUGGAACAUUAAUUUUUUUUGUUUGUUUGUUUGUUUGCAAGAGUAAUUGUUUGGCUUUUCUUUUGCUUCUGGUGAAAUUUUCUUUGUGUGUAUUACAUGCUAACAUGGCUCUAAAAAAGCUUCUCACUGAAGUUAUUCUUGGCCUAAUUUGCUGCCUUCUUAGAAGAGCUUUGCAGCAGGGUUAAAAUGGUGUUUGUGGCUGUGGACUGCAGAACCAAAUAUCCUGAUCCUGGAAACCACACUCUUUCUAAGAAAAGAGACUCCAACUACAGGUGCUAUCUUUGGAUUUUUUCCUUAGACACUGAUACUCUUGAUAGGUCAGUGAUGCUCAUACUUGAACUGGCUCUCAGGUGCAAUAAGGGAUAUUUCUGUCUCUGUCAUGAAAAAAGGACAUGAGGAGAAGCAUAUUUUAUCCUUCUACCUACAAAAAACUUUAAAUACCUAUCCAGUCCUGCUGUUUCCAUAGGAAAUUCAAAACUUCAUGUUCUUAUGAGUUCUUAAAAGUAAGAAGGCAUGCCUGGGGCUCUCUGAUAUACGAUAUAACUAUCAGUGGAAGGAAAAAAAAACAAAACUGUAAUAUAAGAAAUUACCUCAUAACCUUGCAAAGACAGUUCAUAUUUUUUGGCCACAAGUAGAAUGCCAGUUCAAAAUAGAAAUUCUGCUUGGGUUGGAAAAACUGGAACAAUGCUCAAAAAGAAUUAUUCUUUCUCAUCAAAUAGAUACUUUGUCACAACAAAAUUGUCAUUUCAGAUGGUUAGAAUGCUUCUCAUAUGGAUUAUUGCUUGGUAUUGCACAGUUUUUUUUUCUCACCAGGAGAUAGAAAGAUUACUGUUUGAUGUAUAAUUGAGUAUAUAUAAAAAACUUGUUUUAAAGAUGGCAUGAGUUUAAAAAAAAAAAAAAAAGAAAGAAAAUGUAUGUGAAAGAUGCUAACUCAAGAUCCUACCAUAAUGUUCUCUCAAUUAUAGCAGUUCAUGUUUUAUUCAUUUGUCACCCUUGGCACUCGAUUACAUCAUAUUCUCAUUGGAAAUACAAAGAGUGGAUUCCCACUCUCUUUCUUUUUUUUUUGCUUGUUUUAUUGCGGAUGUGCUUGAAAAAAGAAGCAUGUGUUCAGCUUGGUCUGAAGGGGGUGAACUUCAGAGCUCUCCAGACCUGUUCUGCAAAUUUGUCCCAUUAUACCAAGUGAAGUGACCCAUCUUCCAUGUUGGGGGCAGUGUUCCUCUGUGCUUCUCUUUUGUUAAGGAUGGGCACUCAGGAAAUGAAAAGCAUAUCCAGUAAUUGUCUCAGUCUUGUAAGAUCUUAAAAGUUUCAGAUUGAAAUGUAGACGUGGAGCUGGAAUACAUUAGGAACUUUAAUAUAUGGAAGAAUGUUAUGGAUUUGGGCAGUUGGUUUUCCUGGGUGAUGCUCACCUGCUUGGACAAAGGGAUCAGCUGUAUGGAAGGGUUGCUCUGGCUUCUGUAAUGUGAGAUCCUGCUGGGGCUGUACAUCUGUGAUGGUUUUAAAAUAACACUGCUGAGCAUGCUCUAAGUGUACAGUAUAGUCUGUGUGUGCCACAGCUCAUAAAACUGACAGCAUCAUCGACGAUGGAAAUGACAUUUAGUUCAAACUCUUGGACAUUGCCAAUUUCUGAAAAUUUCAUGUUGAAAACUUUUCUGCCUAGCCAUGAGGCUGAACAGAAGAAUUAGCAAGAUGGUACAAAUCACAGUAUACAUAUUGCCAUAAUUCUUGGAUGAUUUUCAGUAGAAAAACUAGAAGUAAAAACUUGACUAUCUUUCAAAGUGUUUGCACAAGCACUUUUGCAAGUAUGUGCCACCUAUUACUCAGUAAGAGAAAUUCUAGUUAGCCUUCAAAAGUCUUUGCAAACCCAGAUAACCUUUUUUGAAGCUCAGACAUGAAAGAUAAAGUCUAAGAAUGUGUAUGUGCAUAUAUCUCAGUUUAAAAAAAAUUAAGGUGCCCAAUAUGACUUUCUAGGUCAGUGAAAUAACUGAGCUAAUAGCAGAGCAUGCUGUUGUACAUAAGACCAUGCAGUUUGGCAGAUUGAAUUGAUUGUCAUGUUCUGACUUCCUCUAAGGAGGACAUGGGGUAUAUGCAUGUAAAUUGAAAUGCCAUAGCAAUUAUGGAGUUAUUUAAAAUAUUUAUGCAUGACACUUCCAUCUUGCAAUUGAAUUAUAGUAUUUAUUCUUAUGCUGGUUGAUGAUCUUCUGGAAGAUAUUUGCAAAAAGAAAUCUUUUCACUUUUGCCAGUAAACCACUCUUGCUUUUCCUUCUGAUACAGUUCUUCUCUUUUUUAUAUACAGUUGUAGAACAUGCCUAACCGUCCUUAUUCUAAAUGAUGAAUGCAAGAUCAAUGACCAAUACAAUAUCAAAAAAUCCUGAGAAAUUUUCAUAACUUAAAAAUCAUAAGUAGGAUUUUUAUCUAUAGCAAAGAUGAAUAAGUCUGGGAACAGGGAAGCUUUCCGGAAAGAAUUACAUAAAUAAAGCUAAAUGUUCUGAGCAAGAUUGUUUUUUUCUUCUUUUUCUUUUUGUCUGCUUGGUACCCUCAGAGAGAAACAUGAGAAACAUUUUAUUUCUAGGCAAUAUCUUUUUAUUUACAUCCACUCAACUCAUUAGCACUAAAAAAAAAAAAAAAAAAAAAAAAAAAAAAAAAAAAACUUGUACUAGAUGAAAUAAUUGCUGCAAGCUGCAUGUUUAGACACAUUGUACAAGUUAAAUGUACGGAAUUCACCCAUUGGGAUCCCUCGUGCCCCUAGUUUGUCAUUCACUCCCAAUUAGGAUUUUUCUGUAGAGCAAACAAACAAAAUCCCUCAAGGACCAAUUCUUCAAGGUGUUGAGUGUACAAAGAAGGUGAAUGUCCCUUGAUUGAGCUGAAGUCAUCUCUCAGAAGUUCCCACCUUUGUUGAGACUGAUGUGCUGGAGUAUCCUGUACCCACUGUAAUCAUUGGAGAGUUUUGAUAUUUUCUCUCCUCUCUUCAUUCUCACCACCACCAUUUUAUUUUUUCAAAUGUGUUUCCAUUACAUUAGACCAUUUUUCUGUGGUACGGAGUUGGUUUCUUUUUAGAUAUUCAGAGAUGGUCUACUAAUGGUCUACAAGCUCUGAUGAACUUUUGGAGUCUAUUAAAAAAGUGCAGGUUUCUCAUAAGUAGAUUUGCAGUAGGUCCACACCAUUGUGGAAGCUGGAAGAGGUGUCUGUUUUCCUCCAGCUUCCCUUUUUCCACCUGUGUGGCUUAGUAUAAGACACAAAGUAUAUGACGUUUAUAACUGCUGCUCUUAAGAUAUUGAGGAUAUCUAACUACAUCUUUAAUUAUUUUCCCCAUGUUUUUAUUGCAGAAAAUUUUAAAGAGUUUGCUUUAAUUAACACUGAUGAGUCUCUGGCCACACUGUAAAUUCUGAGCUUGUGCAGGAAAUGUAUCUGAAUCCCUUUCAAUGUAAGGAGGUUUUGGCAUAUGCUGUGCUCCAUAUGGAAUCAUAAUGGCAAUUUUCUUAGUCCUCUUUUCUACAGUCAGUCUUAUUUUUGAUGGUACAGCUUCUUUUUUUUUUUUCCUUUUGAAAUAUAACAGUAACAGUUUGGAAUGGGCUGGUGAUAGAUAUGAUUCUACAUGUCUGUCCUCUGGGUUGGUGGAACAUGAAAUAUUAGAUACCUUUCGCAAUUAUGCUGCUGUCGAGUUUAGGUUUUAUAUGGUGAGAAGUGAUGCAAUAUUUCAAUUGAAAAGUAUCUACUACUGCUAAGAGGAUGCAGGGGAUAAUUCUGAUGAAAUGAAAUCCCUAUAAAAGUCUGUUUAAAACUAAUUCAUCCUCGUGAAUAGCUGCAGCCGUGAAUUUAGGUAGCAGCCUUGAUGUUUCAAGAGGAAAUGAAAGAAGUUUGUUCUUUGCCCAGAAAAACCCCAGAGUAACAUUGAUAAAGCAGUUAAGCAAACUAAGUUUCAGAAAUGGUUUUAGCAUAUCAAUGUCAGAAUACUCUGUGGCUUCCAACAGGGCCUUGCAGAAGAUGUGAGAUCCAGGCUCUGGCCAAAAGAGUGUGCAGAAGACAAUAUUUGUAUUCUUCUCUUGCCAUUUAUUGACAGUACCUGGCACCCAACUCUUGUUUUGUACAAUUGGUUUGCUGUUAUGUUUUGCCAAGGACAAGACGGUGCAUAGCUGAAGGAUAUCAUGAAUCUCAACGUCCCGAAGUGCUCCUACCUCUAUGAAUAAAAAGCUAAUUAAAGUAGGAAGUCAGUGAGUUUGGAAAGGAGGAUUUUUUCCUAGUCAGUAGAAUGACUGGAAAUAAAUGGAUUGAUUAAUUAAAAUCAGUAUAUCUACUUACAAAGUGAGGUACUGGAGCAUGAUUUAUGUGAGGAGUUAUUGCGCUGGACUCUUUGAUCCCUUGCUUUGAGAAUUAAAUGUAAAAGUCUCAUUCUCAGUUUCAAGGUUGAAUACAAAUGCUUGUGAGCCGGCCCUUGUUAAAUCGUGUCCUGUCACUCUCAAGCAUUCAAAACUUCCAUCGAGGCCAAACACACAAAUUCCUUCCUUAACCUCUAAUUUCCUUGCUGUUGCUACGUGGAGUUAACCCCCAUGAAAAUUUACUAAAGUGAGGGUUUUUUCCAGUCUUCCUAUAAAUCUCUCUCUUUGUCUCUCAUAGUGCUGUAUAAAAUUUGUUGAUGAGAGAUUAAAUGUGUGGUACUUACAUGCUGGUUAACCAUCAUAGGAAUAAUUGAUUGUAACUAUUCCCUUUCAUGCCAAAAGAUUUAUUAGGCAUGCUCCACUGGAGAGAUAAUGUAAAAUGUUUUACCGAAUGUUAGAUACUUACUUAGGGCUAUGUCUUGGUGUUUUAUUAUAAAGUGUCAGGAAAUCUAUUUGUAUCAAGGAAAUAUUUAUAAACAUUCAUUUUGGAAAGUUUCCAAGUGGCUGUUGGAUGGUUCCAGACAGAAACAUUUUUCUUCCCCAGUAAAGACACACAGAAAAGACAAUUGUGAGCCCUUCAAAUAAAGAUAGACCAAGAAAUGUAAUACUGAUAAUAUUCAUUAAGGGAAUGGCAUGAAAAAAAUACAGAAAAGAAAAAAAUUUUCUUUCGGAAAUAGAAAACAAAACUUUUGAGGCAAUCAGAUUUUAUGUUUUCUGCUGAGAAUAGUUCACAAUGUGAGACAGUAGUAACAAGGAUUCUGAAUAAAGUCCAUAGCAAACCCAGGGGAAUCUAUGCAAGGGAAGGGGAACUAACAUUUGUAUGUAUAGAGUUUACCCAGAAGAAAUUAAUGAAAGAAAUUUCCACUUGAUGCACUGAAUGAGCUGAAAGGGUGUCACAAAAAAAAAAAAAAACCCCAAAAAAAACCCCUAACCAACCAACCUAAACCUAAACAAACAGCCCUCAGAGAAACCAGUCUCAUGCUGUUUUCAGUCUUUGUUGGCCAGUUGCAUGGGGAGAUGUCCCAGAGUUGUACCUGGAGUUGAUCCUGCUGCUGGGGAGCUCUACCCUCAUCAUCUGGGUCUUGGGGGUUUUGGUUGUUUCUAGUUUAGUUGGUUGGUUGAUUUGGUUUAUUUUUAUUUUAGUUAUAGGGAGUUUUCCACCUUAGGAUUUUGUACCUUUUCAUAUCAGUGUUUGCUUUUAAAUCUUUGAGCUGCUAACUGCCCACAUCAGCACUGAGUACAGUGUCUCGAGACUCAUAGGCCUGUGGGGAAAGAGGAAAAAAUGCCUCCCAGGUCUUCUUCUGGACUACUACACUCAGUAAUAAGCAGCACAACAUCUCUUAGAGUGAAUUUCAACAGUAGACAUAACCCACGCCCUCUAAAGUACUGAUACAUCCAUGUAGGGAGAUGAGCUAGAUCUCCGUGCAAAGGAUGGAGGACUUGCAUUUCUCUGUGUUAUACCCCUGUCUAAUCUUUUUACUGAGUUGCAUUAAAAUGUAAGGAGGGAACAAAAGCCUGGAAUGAGUAUUUAAAUGACAGUGUGUUUGCAUGUUGAAUUGCAGGAAUGAAGCCCAGUGGUUGAGGUAGCUGAGUGAGCUGUGGCAGAGGUUUAGGUGGCUUCAGCAGGACUACUUGCAUUCAGCAGUUUGAAUUUGAGCCUCAAUUCUGGUAGUCUUUUGCAUUUAGGAUUAUUUUUAUUCAUGGCAUGGGAUCACCUCUGUUAUCAAUCCUCAGCAGACUUCUUGAUAAUAAUUUUUAGUUUCAGUUACAGGCAACUUGGUUAAACACCAUUUGUUUUGGGUCUUCCUUCUGAUCUUCGUGGUAUCCAAUUAGUAGUAGGAGAUAUUUAACCUUUAUCAGUUAACCAUGGCUUUGCUGACCUACCAUCAAAAUUUUAGCAAUGUCUCUAUUGAAAGUACUGAAAAGUUUCACAAUUUUAAUGAAAAUAUUAGGAAGAGGUGGGAUAACACGGUGACUUUGCUGUCUGCAUCAGUGGAUUCAACUGCUGUUUCAUCCUGGUGCCUUGAACUUCGUAUGUUAUUACAAUGGCUUUCAAUUCUUUGAUUUAUAUGUGACUUUAGAACAUAACUUUUUGCGUUUUAGUUCUGUCAUUUAUUUUUAGAUGUAUUUUCUCAGUAAUUGAAAGCUGUGAUGCUUCACUAAGGAGAAUGAUAGCAUAAAAGAAUCAGCCUGCUGUGAUUCCAACAUUUCACUUUGAACCGUCAGCUAGCUCCAUGAUAUGUAACAAUUUUGCUUUGAAACAUGGGAUUUCAGUCUAUAAUCUAUAAUUAUUGCUGAUUUAUAAGGUAAUUUAAAUUAAUUUAAGUAUAGUAUUAAUGAUUUCUCCGAUAAAUCAACUGAAUAACAGAAAACAUUUGUGCUAUUUUUCAUCAUUAUUUGGUUGCUUUAGUUGUAUUUGAUUUCUCAGUUUUAUUAAUUUGUCAUGCUUUUCAAAUUGCACUAGUCAAAUAUAUAAACCAAAACCCCUAAGAGCACUUGAAGUUUCCAAGGAAAAAAAAGAAUGCAUAAGGUGAAUGUGAACUCAGUUCUUAACAAAUAGAAUUGUUUACUUGUUUAUCAUUAAAUAAUUGUUCUUUUGCUUGUCAUCUUAGAAGACUCAUGUCCUAGGUUUUCCAUUUAUUUCCAAAUUGUCAUGGUUAGGUAGUUUUCAGAAAAUGAACAUAAUUUGUGUACACACAAAAUAUAUAAUAUAUACAAUGUGUUUAGUGUAUAGUUACAAACAUGUAUAUUAGCAGAGGACAUACAGAUAAUAUUGGCAAAAAAGAAGUUCCAAUUGAAUAAAUUUUCUCUUUUUGUACAAGUAUGAGCAAAUUCUUAUUAGAUAUAGUUACCAUUUUCCUCUAGUAAAUUGAUAUUGUCAGAAUGAGAGAUUAUCCAAAAGAUUCAGAGUUUCAGCAAUCCAGGUAAUAUAAAAUUUUUAAUUUCUUAUGAAUCUGUAUCCUAAUUGAAAAGAAAACCCAAAACCAUAAUGUUUGCCUAGUCCUUAUAGCUGUAUUUCUUAUUUCUAAUGGUGAAUCCAGAAAUGCAGUCCCUCAGCUCCUUUGAUACAGAGCCCUGUCUAUGCAUAAGAGGGCAUUACAGUUAAAUCUGCAACCCUAUCCUUCUCCCACAGUCAGUAAUUGGCUAUUUACUGUUACAGAAAGAAAAACCCCCAAAAAUACAAUAACAACAUCAGAUUUUUCUGUAGUAAUUUUUUUGUAUCUCUUUUUGUGAAUGGCUUUCAGCAGUGAUUACAUCUUGCAAUAGAAUUUAUUCCAUUAGUAGACCAAUGUAUGAGAAAAUCUGUAAUUCAGAUUUUAGGUAAUUAAAACAUUAGAUAUAAAUGACAGGUGAGUCUAAGGUUAUCUUUAUUUUUCUGGUCGUGUAUCACUUGAUAGGCUGAAUAUAGGAGUUGUAAGCAGUUGCUGCUGCUUAACAUUUCUUUGCUUUGUUGCCAACAGAGGUUAAAAAGGAUGCCUCCCUUUGCUGUCAUCCAUCUGUGCCUCCUCAAACCACAGCACAUCCCUUCCCUUCUGUUCCAUGAUGGCCUUGUUCAGGUGUGGGGAGCCUAAGCAUGGCAGUGAAGGAACAGACAGCAGGAACCUUCUAAGCAGUUUUUCAGCUCCUAAAAAUAUUAUGGGGAACCUAAUUUGCAAAAAGUCAAAUAGUGCCUGGACUGGGCUUUCUGAAAGCAGGUGGAUCACACCACAUUGUUUAACUCCCCUUGGGUACCCUGCUGAACCAGAGAGUCAGAGCUUGGUCUGUACUUCUCUAACACUCCAUUUGUUUCUUCUCGUGGACAUAUAAAAACCAGAAAAAACAGUCACAAGGUGAAGUUUUAGUGGAGGUGGUUGUUGUAUAUUUUUAUAUGUAUAUUUUAUGGCCUCCUUUAUAAUCAUCUAACCCUCUCUAGAAUAUGUCAAGAUCAAUUUUAAAUGGUUCUUUUGUUUUAUUUAUUUAUUUAUUUAUUUUUAUUUAACCAAGUUUUUUUCCCUGUGGUUGAAAAGCUGUUGAACACUUCACUCCAUGUGUUCGUAAUCUGAAGUAACACAUAAGGUCAAGGUGCUCAACAACAAAAACGCAGUUGCACUCUGGUGACAGUGGUGGGACUUGUUUCCAGUCUGUAAUACUCUAAUAAUAUAGGAAAUUUUGCCCUCAGAGAGGACUAGUCUUUCUUUACUGCAGCUGCGAGCAGACAGUAAGCAAAAAUCAAGAUGAGAUCUGUAAAGAUGAUCAGUUUAGUUUAGAGAUCUGAAAUGAGUUGAAGGGAAUACUUCACUAUGUCCAUGAAGUUUUCUAGUUGUUCAUUUUUGUUAUAUGUGUUUGAAUACCAUUCUCAUUCCUUCUCUCUUUUUUUUCUUUCUUUUACCUUCCAUCCAUCCAUUGUCACGCAUUGCAUUCUUGAUUACAGUCUGUGUAAUCGUUACCACCGUGUGAAGGCAACUUCCCACGUCACCAGGUACAGUGUCACACGUCAAGAAAUGUUUGUGUGUUCUCAAACCUAUUCAGUGUUAUGAUAGCAAAUUUCUCCUACGUUAGCAUCUUUUCUUCCUCUCUUCCUUUCCCAUUCAGUAUGAAAUAACAUUGCUGCAGGAAAGUGAUUUUUAAAAUUAAUGUCUUUAAAAAAAAAAGUUUCAUUUUCUGGAUGAAAGAUGUACUGUCUUAAGGGCUAAAAAGCAGUACUAUAUGGAUUUUUGGUUGUCCACAGGUUAUGGCCUGGAAUAUGUAGUUUUUUAUUGGAUUAAUAAAUGCUAUGAAGUUUUAUUUUUGUAAAAUCCUUGAGCUGCAUUGUUCAGUUAUGUUUUAUUGUGAUUGGUUUAUGUUAAAAGCCUGAUACUCUGCUGUAGUUUUCAUUUCUGUAAUGGUAAAUACAGAUGGAUAAAUUAGUGCUUUUGUCAAUGAUUAGUGUUCUAGUUUUGUAUCUAAACUGUCAUUCUUCAGUGUUUAUAUAGCCUUUAGAGACAUGUUAUUUGCAGGUUGCUACAUGGCUAGAUGAUUUUUUUGAGAAAGUAGUAAGAUCCUGAAGGUGCUCAUUUACAUGCAAAUUUUUAUAACUUUUAAUGAUGGUUCUGAACAUCAUUGGCUUGUAGCUUGAUUACUUUUGCAUGUAGCAGAAGAAAAUGUCAUUAAAGAGCUGUUGCAAGAAACUGUUUUUUGCAAUAGUGGAAAACCGUGUCUUACAACAGGUUUUUCAGGGAUUAAAAUUAAUGUAAUUAUUGUUAGUUCAUGAGCUUAUGCACAUUUAUUAUACUUAGACAUGUGGAACAUGAAUCAUCUUUCAAAGCAUUCUUCUUACAAGAUAUAAAAAGGAACAAGUGUUCUUUCUAAAUGAAAAUUACCAAAUUCAAAACAGGUAAAAAUGAUUGCAACCCAAUUGCCUCUGAUGUGACACAUCUCAUACACCAUUUCUAAUGCCAGUCCUUUCAGUUGAAAAUUUAUUUUGGAUCAGCUUACAGUCAUUAUGGCUCUGUAAGCUGCAAUGUACCUAGAGGUAUAACUUUUUCUGAAUGAGGAAAAAAAAGCUUUGAAAAUUACACAGUGACUACUUAUAGGCUUUUCAGUUAUAUCUCGCCUUUUUCAUUCUGAUAUCCAGUGUCUCUGCAACAACUUCAACAGCAUAAUCAUUUCCCCAUUUGAAUAUAUUUAACUUACUGUAUCAGUUCUUCUUUCAGUAGGACACUGGUUGUUUUGUCUGUCCCUUCAGCUUCAGACUGUAAAAUGGUAAUAAAUUAGGUAAAUGGUAAUAAAUUAGGAAAAAGGAAGUAGCAAGUACUUCUUUUUAAAGUAAUACUCUGAAAUAGCUGGAUUUAGAUGUGCAACUUUUUCUUGUACUGAAUGAUAACAGCACUUAGAACUGCUGAGAUCCAUCUCAGUAUUUUCUUGAGAGGCUGGAGGUAUUCAGGAUGUAUUUUGGUAUAAAUAGGAUGCCGUUCUAAACAGCUGCAUGCUGCAGCUUUGUAGCAUGCAAACUGCAAAGGUGCAUUGUUGCGAGGUCAAAUCUAAAUGAACUGUCGUUGCUCCCUUGUUGUGUUCCAACAUGUGUUGCAUAAUUACAUUACUUUAAUGGAUUUUCCUUACUUAUUAAUAAGGCAAAAUAUGUGGGAUGUAAAAUUAUCUAUUAAUUGAAACAGUUAAGCCAAGGGAUAAGGGUCGUGGUUCAGUUGUUCUAAUCACAUAGGUAAUGGCUUUGUUAUGGUACCUGCUGUAGAAUCACUAAAUACAAAAGGACAAAUUUAACUUAAAAUAAUUAAAAAUUGAUUUGUUUCAACAGUGAGCUACCUAGAGAAGAAAUAGCUGGAAACCUUGAGAUAACUAGAGAUAUAUGUAAUGGAUGGAUGAAUAGUUGUAUAACUGAGUCUAGUCCCACUGGUGGGCUCAGUCAUUUUGCAGCAUUUUUGGGCUCAGAUUAGUAGAGACAAUUCCACAUUAUAAACAGUUCUUUUGGGUCAAAGAAGCAUACAGUAUACCUGUCAUGCUUAAAAUAAGAUUUAAAUCUGUUUGCAGAUUUAAAUAUUCCACUUCUACUAAGGUUUUGCAAUCUCAAGAUCACUUCUGAAGUUCAAACACCUCUUUUGGUAUUUGAAGACCAUAUAAUUCCAGCAGCUCUUUUCUUACAUUUUUUUAGCCUAACCUUAGUCUGAUUAUCAAAGUUCAGUAAACUGUAGUCAUUGAAAAUAAUUUUUAAAGUGAAUGUCUAUAAUAAGGGAGGAGAACAGGCCCCAAAUAAAAUACAAAAGUCUGUGUUUUGCUUCUGGGAACAGUCUGAGAACAAACAGAAAAGCCUCAUUUUGUAGCACUGUUCACAAAUGUGCUAGUAAAAUCUACCAAAUAAUUCUGCCUAUUUUCUGCAUUGUAUGUUGCUGGUAAAAAAGUAGGGCAAUUCACACAAAAGUGUUAUUAUAGUGUAUGGAUCAUUUAUUUGAAGUAAAU